AUGUCUUAUGUCUAUCAGUUGACAGCUAUGGGAUCGUUGAUGUCACUAUUCAAGCGUUUAACAAUUCAAAAUGGAUGCGGUUGCAAUCAGAGUGAUAACCGUGAAGAAGCUACGCCUGCGACUAGCAAGUGUGAGAUAUAUCGUCGUGCAUUAGAGGAAUAUCUGACUCUUUUCCCUUUGUCACGUUCAUUACCUACCAAUUGCAUUAAAAUUGCUAACGAACUAUACUCUGAGUCUGCGAUCAAAGAAACAGAUGUAGUAGAAAUAAAGACGCGCUCAAAAGGACGAGAGCAAGUGAAGGAGCUCUUAAAUAUUCUCUUCGUACGAGAGAUGACGUUUAUAAGAAUUUUACAUAAGUACGAUGUACCCGAAACUGCUGCUAUCGAAGACAGUAUAAAUCAUAAAUGUACUCGAGGAUUACUAACUACGUUGACUAAAUUUUGCAAAUAA